GCAACUCGGCUUUGGCUUCUGUCAAUCGGAAAAUGGCAGCGACGAGUGUUGUCGUUCUCGACCGUGGAAAUAAUACAACUUGUACCGUAAAUCUUUUCGGAGCUACGGUUGUAUCAUGGAGGGUGAACAAUCAAGAACAGUUAUUUGUAAGUAAACAAGCAGUCUUCGAUGGCAAACGAGCGAUACGAGGAGGGAUACCUUUUGUGUUUCCUCAAUUUGGGCAAUGGGCAUUCGGACCGCAGCACGGGUUCGCGCGGAUAGCGCGCUGGCACCUAGAGAAGGCGCCAGAGCGACUCCCCAGCGGCGACGUGGAGGCCGUGCUGUGCCUCAUAGACGACGACUUCACACGCUCCAUGUGGCACUUCCAGUUCAGACUGACGUACCGACUGAUCCUCCGCGAGAAGGAACUCCACUUCAACAUCGGCGUGUACAACCCCAGCAAGGAACUGACGUUCAGCUGCCAGCUUCUUCUGCACACCUACUUCAAGGUGCCAGACGUGCGCCGCUGCCAGAUCACCGGCAUGCACGGCUGCAUGUUCAUUGACAAGACGCGAGAAGGCACAGUGUACCAAGAGACCCGAGAAGUGGUCACCAUCAACGAGUGGACGGACCGCAUCUACCAGAACACGAUGCAGGAGCACAUCAUCACCAACGUGGUCAGCGGCCGCAAGAUGCGGAUACAGAAGUACAACUUCCCUGACACCGUGAUCUGGAACCCUUGGGCGGAGUACGCGAAGGAGAUCCCCGACUUCGGCGACGACGAGUUCCCCAACAUGGUGUGCGUGGAGGCGGCGCGCGUCGCCGCGCCCAUCGUGCUGCUGCCCGGGACCGCCUUCGAAGCUUCGCAGAUACUACAGGUACCUACACAACUAUACUAG